CUAGACCCUGGGCGGCGUCAAAGACUCAAAAACCCUACCAAUAUCCUCUCGUGUGUAGGGCUCAAAUACACACGCCUUUGUCUCUUCAAAACUCGCUGAACCGGAACAGAUAGCAGCUUUUUCCCAAUGGCGUCCGUACAACUGAAGAAGAACUACAGGUGUGUGCCGUCACUGCAGCAAUUCUACACUGGCGGCCCUUUUGUGGUGUCAUCGGACGGCUCGUUCCUUGUAUGCUCCUGCGGGGAGUUGAUCAAGAUUGUUGAUUCGACCAACGCUUCUAUUAGGGAGACUAUUGAGGGUGAUGGGGAGGCGGCUACAGCCUUGGCUCUCAGCCCCGACGACAAGUUACUUUUCUCAGCGGGACACAGUAGGCAAAUUAGGGUCUGGGACUUAUCCACGUUGAAGUGCGUGCGGUCAUGGAAGGGUCAUGAAGGUCCUGUGAUGGGUAUGGCCUGCCACGCAUCUGGGGGAUUGCUUGCAACUGCGGGAGCUGAUGGUAAGGUCCUUGUUUGGGAUGUUGAUGGUGGCUUCUGCACUCAUUACUUCAAAGGUCAUAAAGGGGUUGUUAGUAGUGUCAUAUUCCAUCCCGAUCCACAGAAACCUCUUCUUUUCUCUGGAGGGGAUGACGCAACUGUACGAGUUUGGGACCUUCUUGCCAAGAAAUGUGUUGCAACAUUAGAUAGACAUUUUUCAACCAUUACUUCCAUUACAAUAUCUGAAGAUGGAUGGACAUUGCUCAGUGCUGGAAGAGAUAAGGUUGUGAACUUGUGGGACCUUCAUGAUUAUGGUUGGAAGAAGACUAUACCAACAUAUGAGGUGCUAGAAGCUAUAUGCGUAAUUAAUUCUGGGACUCAUUUUGCUUCUUCUCUUGAUAAGCACAAUCAGCUAACUGGGAAGAAUGGUGGGUCGGGACUUUAUUUUAUCUCAGUUGGUGAACGCGGGAUUGUACGAGUUUGGUACUCUGAAGGUGCAGUUUGUCUGUAUGAACAAAAGUCCUCGGAUGUUAUGGUUAGCUCAAACAUGGAUGAGUCAAGAAGGGGCUUCACUGCUGCCAUCAUCCUUCCCUUAGAUCAAGGAUUGCUUUGUGUGACUGCUGAUGAGCAGUUUCUUUUCUAUUCCCCAGUGGAACAUGAAGAGAGGCUGAAUUUAGUCUUAAGUAAAAGGCUUGUGGGAAAUAAUGAAGAAAUUGUGGAUGUAAAGUUUCUGGGGGACGAGGAAAAGUUUCUCGCUGUUGCUACAAAUCUGGAGCAGGUUCGAGUCUAUGACCUUGCUUCCAUGUCAUGUUCCUAUGUCUUGGCAGGUCAUACUGAAAUUAUUCUGUGCCUAGAUACCUGUGUUUCAAGUUCUGGAAGAACACUUAUUGUCACAGGAAGUAAGGACAACAAUGUAAGGCUGUGGGAUUCGGAAACAAGAAGUUGUGUUGGAAUUGGCACUGGUCAUAUGGGAGCUGUAGGAGCUAUUUCUUUUUCAAAGAAGGGGCGUAAUUUCUUCGUUAGUGGCAGUAGUGAUCGUACCAUUAAGGUAUGGAGUUUAGAUGGUAUCUCAAAUGAUUUGGAACAACCUGCCAGUUUGAAGGCGAAGGCUGCUGUAGCUGCACAUGAUAAGGAUAUAAACUCUGUGCAUGUCGCUCCAAAUGAUAGUCUAGUUUGUAGCGGUUCUCAGGACCGGACUGCUUGCGUGUGGAGGCUUCCGGAUCUGGUAUCUGUAGUUGUACUUAAGGGGCAUAAAAGAGGAAUUUGGUCGGUAGAGUUUUCACCAGUUGAUCAAUGUGUCAUAACAGCAUCUGGUGAUAAAACUAUAAAGAUCUGGGCUAUAUCUGAUGGUUCAUGCUUAAAAACAUUUGAGGGGCACACAUCAAGUGUAUUAAGAGCAUCGUUUCUUAUCCGUGGGACCCAAUUUGUUUCUUGUGGUGCUGAUGGUUUGGUAAAGUUGUGGACAGUUAAAACUAGUGAAUGCAUGGCUACAUAUGAUCAACAUGAGGACAAGGUUUGGGCCUUGGCUGUUGGAAAGAAAACAGAGAUGUUUGCCACUGGUGGCAGUGAUGCUCUUGUCAAUCUUUGGUUUGAUUCAACUGCUUCUGAUAAAGAAGAAGCUUUUCGUAAAGAGGAAGAAGGGGUUUUGAGAGCACAAGAAUUGGAAAAUGCUCUUCUAGAUGAUGAUUACACUAAAGCCAUCCAGUUAGCGUUUGAACUUCGGAGGCCUCAUAAACUCCUAAGCUUAUUUACUGAACUUUCCAGGAAGAGGGAGGCUGAAGAUCAGAUGGAGAAAGCCUUUCGUGCUCUUGGCAAGGAAGAGUUUCGUCAACUUAUAGAGUAUGUUCGUGAAUGGAAUACCAAGCCAAAGCUGUGUCAUGUAGCACAAUUUGCGCUUUUUAGGAUCUUCAACAUCCUUCCUCCAACAGAGAUUCUUGAGAUAAGAGGCAUUGGUGAACUCCUUGAAGGUCUUAUCCCGUACUCUCAGCGACACUUUAGUAGGGUAGACAGACUUGUUAGGAGCACUUUCCUACUGGACUAUACUCUUACAGGAAUGUCAGUUAUUGAACCAGAAUCUAACACCCAACCUAAAGAUGAAUCGUUGACGCAUAAUGAAAGCAAGACCAUGGAUGGCAUGCUUUCAGAGGAACACGCUGAUGAAGAGGAAAAACAUACUUCUGAAGUAGUAACAGAGAAGACAGUCUCAAAGAAACGGAAAUCUCUCAAAUCCAGAGAUAGUUCACAUAAGAAAGUUAAGGGUUCGAGGCAUAAGAAUGACACUGCAAUUUCAUUACAGGCUUAACACUGCAAAUGCUUUUCUCAUUAUCUUCUUGGUUGCUUCUUGAAGGUUGGCAUUUGUUCUUCUAAAUAUGCCAUUUUCUUCCCAGUCAGUUGUGGAAAGUGUUUCCUCCCAAUUUUGACACUAAUCCAAUCUGGUGGCUUUGUUAGAGAAACUUUGUACACUAAAUUAUAGUCAAUAUUGUAUAACCUUGGAUUUUUCUGUUGACAAGGAUGGAAUAGGAGCUUCAUUUCUUUUGACUACCCUCUUAUAACAAAAUUUUGAGGUAUUAUACAGUAAUUGUAGGUGCACCAUUGAAAUUGCUAUUAUAAACUUUACGCAUA